UAUACGUUAUCAUUAAAUUAUUCUCAUUUGUUCGAAUUAUACUGCAAAUAGUAUACUUUUUUUUUAUCUUUUCACCAUUUUGUGUGUUAAUUUCGUUAUAAAAAUAAAUCCCUUAGCUAAGAUUUCUUGAAAAAUGCAUUCCGUGAACCUUUAUCAACUUAACUAAGGAAGUUCCAUUAACAUUUUUCCCAAUCUAGGCGGCCUUAAUAGAACUUUUUUUAUCAGAAAAGUACAGAAACCAAUGUAAACAAACGACGUCUUUUUGCGGCUGUGGUAGGCCCCAUGAUAUCUCUGACUGCUUAAUUUCUUCUAAUUUAUUGAACUGCUGUGGUAAGUCUGGAUAAAGGGGGAAAGGAGAUUGUUUUCCUUGAACGAGAUCGUCGUCCUUCUUGAUUUUUUCCUGGUAUUUUUUUUUACUGAUCGGUGGGUCAACCGGACGACAAAAAUUAGGGAUUGGUCCAAGGAGGCAUUUAAUAAGUACGUUGUUUGUUUUCCAGUCAUUUUACGUAGUCUACUUAUUCAUACCUGAUGCAUGACGUGGUACUUACAGGUGGGAAAUAAUUAUCACUAUUGUUUGCAUCGGGUAUUGGAAUUCAGAUUUGCGCUCCACCAGAGACGUACAUAUUUACAGAUUCUGACUUAUUAUUGUUUGUCACAAUCGCCGAUAUCGUUUCCGCUUAAUAUGAAAAUGUCUUAGUCAGUUUUUGUUUUUAGGAGCACCUUAGCAAUGAACGUCCGGGUUGUCGUGGGGGUUCCGUUAAUGUAAGGGAGGAUUUAAGUUAAGGAAGAUUUGUGAAACGGAAUUUUAUUUUAGCUAAAGGGUCUCCUUCAGUUUGAGGAAAACCAGCUUUAAGGUGCUCCUUAAAGUAAAGGAACGUUCAUGAAACCGGGACCAGUUUACGUGAAAAUAGUGGCAACAAUGUUGCAGAAAAUUUCAAUAAAAAAUAAGAUCUUAUGUUAUGAUUAUAGUAUCUAAAAUUAAUUCUUCUUCAGCAAGUGUUGUUGAAAUGCAGACGAGAAGAGAUGAAAAUCAAUAUGAUCAAAUAAACCGAAAUGAACGAGAACCACCCUCAACGUAUGAACAGAUCAACAACGCUUUGACGGCUGAGCACUACGAAGAUACAUCACCCGUUGAUAGUGCGGAACAGCAACGUGUAUACGAGGUGCUACGAGAACGAUCUGACCAAAACGUUUAUGAUGACCUCAGUAAAGCGCAGACAGGUAAUAACUCAUCUAUUAUCAUUAUUUAUCUAUUUUUUCCGAAAUUUUGGUUGGACCUUAAAGGAUAACUAUAACGUUGCCAGCGACACGGUGAACAUUGAUAAUUUUCUUAUCUUUGAUCUUCUCUGUUGACUGCACAUAAUUUUCACCCAAACCCUUGUAGGUAGCUUUGAUGCUAGGCAGAUCAUUGGCAUUGCUAUGUUACUCCUGACCAGCUUAUAUCAGAAGCAGACUGGCAAGUCUGUACAAUUGUUACACUCUGGUACUACAUGUAGAUAUUUAAUUACAGUGUUUUGAGCAGAAACAGGAAACACAAACACUAAGCAAGUGCUACGCAAACGGUACGCAAGUGCUACGCAAACGCUUCGUUCAAAGUGAACGGGUCUGUAUCACUGAUGAACAACUGUCAGUUUGAUUAUUAUCGCCAAAAGAGAAAUCGAUCAACAAUAUAUUUGUUUUGCAGACAACGCUAUGCAAGGAACCUUAACAAUAUAUUUGUCUUUACUAAUAUCAUGGCAUAUAUCGUUCGUUAUGUUGGUCGAAAAUAAAAUUCUAGUCCAUUUCAAAUUAUAGAAAUCAAUUUUGUCAUAAAUGAUACCGUCCUUUAUAGAAUAAAAUCCGUAUCGCGUACAACAUAUGUAUCGCCGAAUUAAGGAGGCUCCACCCUUUCACAAUUAGUCGGCAGAACUCAAUGAAAGUUUUACAUAAUGGUUAUAUCACUAUGUAGAGGUGAUUUUAAGAAAAUCUAAUAAUUCCGAUAAACCGGGGAAUAUUUUGUAAAAAAUACCGAAAAAUUGAUUUUUUGUCAAA